AUGGACCUCGCACAUCAGUUAGGCUUAGAAGAGGCUGGCGCUGGUGCCAUCAGAGGCUUGUUUACCAGGAAACAGGUGACGUUGUUCAAGGCGUCAUUGGCUACAAAAGACCGUCGGAUGGAGACUGUGCUGUAUUCCAGCGAGGAGCUCAAGGACGAUGAGCUGAUAUUGGGUGUACCGGACAUGAUUGCACUGGGUAUCUUCGAUGCAUGUAAGUGCCAGUUCCAUGUGGAGAGCUGUUACAAGGUCAAUGCGGUGUCACUGGUGGAGGAGGAGAAGUCAGACCAAGAUUUGUUGGCGGUUGCGAAGCAACUGAUAACAGAUAUGACGUCUCAUCUGGAAGGUGUUGUCAGAGGGAGGCUUUGGGGUUUGUUACAAAAACAUUCGAAGUGUUGGUUGCGGCCAAGGACAGGCAGAACACGGCAUAGCGUGGAGCUCGAAGUCGACGGGAAGCCGGUGAAGCAUACGUUGAAGCCGUUAAGACCAGAGUUACGAGAGGAACUAGAUAAGCAGAUAGACGACAUGUUGAGCAUGGGUGUGAUACAACCUAGUAAUUCCUCGUGGGGAGCAAGACCGGUGUUUGUACGUAAGAAAACUGGUGAAUGGAGAAUGUGUAUCGACUACCGAGCACUGAACAAGGGGAUGGCGUUGAAGGCCUACCCGAUACCAUUGCUCUGGGAGGGUGAUCUGAAGAAGGGUGAAUACGUGAAGCAGGAAGCAGAGCUGCUAGGGUUUAUUCUCUGCUUCCUGCUUCACGUAUUCAACCUUCUCGUGGAAGCCAUUAAGGCGGCUGGACAUGAUGGUAAGGUGAAGAUUGGUACUGAUAUUGCCGCUUCCGAGUUCUUCAAGGAGGGUGGUUUGUACGACUUGGACUUCAAGAACAAGGACUCCGACAAAUCGAAGUGGCUGAAGGGCGAGGAGCUGGUUAAGGUGUACAUGGAGUUCGUUGACAAGUACCCUAUGGUCUUGGACGAACAUGCAGAAGGAGCUUGGAAGCAAGAUCCAGAUUGUCGGUGA